AAAAAAACAGUGCUCUGAUUCAUAAAUAUAAAAAGAUCCUCUGAAGAGGGCAGUGUUUUUGUGUGAUGGCAACUUCACUUCUAGGGGAGGAGCCGAGGUUAGGAUCGACUCCUUUAGCCAUGUUAGCCGCAACAUGUAAUAAAAUUGGGAGCCCCAGCCCGUCACCGUCUACUAUUACGGAUAAUUCCUCCUCAUUUGGUAAAGGAUUCCAUCCAUGGAAAAGAGCAGCGGCCAGCAGCUGCAGUCUGGGGUCUGGCCUGCCCGGCUUCGGGGUGAGUCGUAACGGAUCUGGGAUCUCGGAUUCAUUCGGCACCAACAACUCAAAUGGAUCCAGCGCCUUUUCUUUGACGCCCGGCACGACUUCUAGCUCCCACUUUGGAAACGAUUACUCUGUGUUCCAGGCGUCUGUUUCCAGCAGCUCCCAGGAGUCCAGCCACCAGCCCGUGUUCAUCUCCAAGGUGCACACGUCAGUGGACAGUCUACAGGGCAUCUAUCCCAGAAUGAGCGUGGCACAUCCCUACGAGUCUUGGUUCAAGUCGUCUCAUCCCGGGAUUCCCACUGGAGACGUGGGCACCACGAGCGCAUCUACGUGGUGGGACGUUGGAGCAGGAUGGAUAGAUGUCCAGAACCCAAACGGAGCUGCGCUCCAGACGUCCUUGCACUCCGGGGGACUGCAGACAUCGCUGCACUCUCCUUUAGGCGGAUACAACUCUGAUUACUCCACUCUGAGUCACUCUGCGUUCAGCACGAGCCCUUCGCCGCACCUGUUGACCACCGGACAGCACCUGAUGGACGGGUUUAAGCCCGUCUUGUCCUCCUAUCCUGAUACCAGCCCAUCUCCACUGGCCGGGGCAGGAGGCACGAUGUUGUCCGGGGCUCCCCCUGCGUCUUUAGCUGGCUCCCCGCGCUCCUCGGCGCGGCGUUACUCAGGCAGAGCCACGUGCGACUGUCCCAACUGUCAGGAGGCUGAAAGACUGGGGCCGGCGGGCGCGAGUUUACGGAGAAAAGGACUCCAUAGCUGCCACAUUCCCGGGUGCGGAAAAGUUUACGGGAAAACAUCUCAUCUGAAGGCACACUUGCGCUGGCAUACAGGCGAAAGACCGUUUGUGUGUAACUGGCUCUUUUGUGGAAAAAGAUUCACGCGCUCGGACGAGCUGCAGCGACAUUUACGCACGCACACAGGAGAGAAACGGUUUGCCUGUCCGGUGUGCAACAAGAGAUUUAUGCGCAGCGACCAUCUGAGCAAACACGUAAAGACUCAUAGUGCUGGGGGCUCCGCCGGUUCUGGCUCCGGGGGCAGUGGGGGCAAGAGGGGCAGUGACACCGACAGUGAGCACAGUGCGCCCGGAAGCCCCCCGUGCCAAUCUCCCGACCUGUUGCACCCAAACGAGACAAGUCAGGGAGUGACUUUGAAUGGCCUCUGAUUCUAUAAGGACAGAAAACUGUUGAACUCUCCGAGGUGCGCGUGAAUAUACACGGAACACGCGGAAACACAGUGAAUAUUGUCAUGUGAGGAGAAAAGGCCCGUGUGUAACAAGUGUUUCAGUCAAACUGCGUCUCUUCUAACGGUUCAACGCAAGUAUUUUCACAGAGCUCCAGAAUGCAGCAGUAGUGGCGCACACAAGGAGCGCACACAACUUUUUAUGGCUCUAACUCAUGGGCAAUUUUAUUGCAACAUGUUGAAGAAUUGGGACAUGGAAGUGAUGCUCUGCUGUCUUGUGUUCAAAACCAAACUCUGGCACUUUAUUAUCAAGCAGGAGAAUUUGUUCUAAUGGGAUGUUUCUAGAUCCAUUUAUUUUGAAAGUAAAUUUCCCACGUUGUUAUUCACGUCACCUUGUGCCACCUUUUUAAGUCUGGGCCAGUUGAAGAAAUUGGCAUCGAAAUGUGUACAUAAAAAUAGGUUAGAUGAACCUCAUCCCACUGUAAAAGGUGUAUUUGUCCAAGAGACGCUUUUGUAUAGGUAUUUCUAGUUGUAUAUUGACUGCAGUAAAUAUUUGCAAAUAUACAGAAAUGUACUUGGAUUUUCUUUGACAUGAUAUGUAAUGUGGAAUUUCUAUUUAACCACGAGUUUUCUUGUGUUUAGGGGUCUACCAUUUGGCGCACUUUUAUUUUUAAGGAUCUCAAAUUAUUUACUGUUU